GCUAGAGUCGUGAGUUGUGCGUGCCGUAGCUUUCCUGUUGCUUCAGUGAGGAUGCCGACGCGCCUGGCGUUCCUAACUAGGCGCCAUCGUCUUGUAUGUCGGCUGCUUUUCCUGGUCCUCUGUUGCUUAGCGGAAUGGGUGUCCUCGGACUUGACAGAUAAUGGCCCAUUUACUAUCCGCCAUGAAAACAGUGACAAAUGCCUUAAAACUGCCAGUGGUUGGGUAGUAGCAGUGGACUGCAAGAAGACCAAUGAUAUGCAGUGGAAGUGGGUAUCACAACAUCGCCUCUUCCAUGUGGAAUCCCAGAUGUGCCUUGGAAUAGAUAUUGCCAAACCUAAAGAUUCCUUGAAAAUGUUCAGUUGUGAUUCCAAUGCUAUGUUAUGGUGGAAAUGUGACUAUGGUACUUUAUACAGUGCUUCCCAGUACAAAUUGACUCUGAAGGAUGGACAAGUCACUGCAAAUGUAAAUUCAUCCGAUACUUGGAAGAAAGGAGACUCCAAUGAAUACCUUUGUGAUCAGCCUUACCAUGAAAUAUAUACCCGAGAUGGAAACUCUUAUGGGAGGCCUUGUGAGUUUCCUUUCUUAAAUGAUAAUGUCUGGCAUCAUGAAUGCAUCACUGAUGAAGAUCAUAAAGGGGCAUGGUGCGCUACAACCUUAAAUUAUCCACAUGACCAGAAGUGGGGAAUUUGCCUAAAAGCAGAGGAUGGUUGUGAAGAUAAUUGGGAAAAGAAUGACCAAUUUGGAAGUUGCUACCAGCUUAAUACCCAGGCAUCCCUUACAUGGAAGGAAGCAUUUGUUUCAUGUCAAAAUCAAGGAGCAAAUUUAGUAAGCAUAUCAAGUGCUGAUGAAUUAAUUCUUCUUAAAGACAAAGAGGGGAUUCCAAAAAUGUUCUGGAUUGGAUUAAAUCAACUAGAUUUUUCAAAAGGUUGGGAAUGGUCUGAUCACACCCCGUUAAAUUUUCUCAACUGGAAUCCAGAAAUUCCCAGUUCGCCUACAAUAGGUGGCUCAAGUUGUGUAAUAAUGAAUGCUGAAUCGGGGCAAUGGCACAGUUUUCCAUGUGAAGCUCAAUUCCCCUAUGUCUGCAAGAAACAACUGAAUGAAUCAUCGAGGUCAUCAGAUGUUUGGACAUAUUUAGAGACCCACUGUGAUCCAGGCUGGCUACCAAACAAUGGAUUUUGCUAUCUUCUGGUAAAUGAAAGUAGUUCCUGGGAUGAAGCAAAUGCAGAAUGCAUAUCCAACCACAGUAAUCUAAUCAGUAUGCAUUCUUUAGCAGAUGUGGAGUUAGUUGUCAGAAAGCUCCAUGAAGGAGAAACCAAGGAAGAAAUAUGGACAGGUCUUAAGAAUAAUGAUACACCAGCUUUAUUUAAAUGGUCAGAUGGCACUGAAGUAACUCUUACUUACUGGGACCAAAAUCAACCUGAUAUUCCCUACAAUAAAACUCCUAACUGUGUUUGCUAUUCAGGAAAGUUAGGUCACUGGAAAGUCCAAUCCUGUGAAAAGAAACUCAAGUAUGUAUGCAAGAAAACAGGAAAGACAGUCAACGAAACAAAAUUGGAUAAGGACUGUCCUCAAGAAGAGGGCUGGGAGAGGCAUGGAGAAGCUUGUUAUAAGAUAUAUAAAGAUGAGGUUCCCUUUGGAACUCACUGCAAUCUCACAAUAACUAACAGAUUUGAGCAAGAAUUCUUAAACAGCAUGAUUAAAAAGUACAGUAAAGGUGAAGGAAAAUCUUUUUGGACUGGCUUGAGAGAUGAAGAUUCAAGAGGGGAGUAUAAAUGGGCAAGUGUAGAUGGGAGAAGGCCAGUUAUAACCUUUGUAAACUGGAAUUCUCUUGAGCCAGCUUCACCUGGUGGAUGUGUGGUUCUUGCAAGUGGAAAAUCACUUGGUAAAUGGGAGGUCAAGGAUUGUAGAAGCUUCAAAGCACUUUCUAUUUGCAAGAAAAGAAUUGGGCCUUCAGAGCAUGAGGAAGCAAUUCCUAAACCUGAUGAUCCCUGUCCCAGUGGAUGGCACAGUUUACCAACAGGGCUUUCCUGUCAUAAGUUAUUUCACAAAGAGAGAGUUGCAAGAAAAAGAACUUGGGAAGAGGCUGAAAGAUUCUGCCAAGCACUUGGAGCACAUCUUCCUAGUUUUAACCAUAUGGAUGAAAUGAAGGAAUUUCUUAAUUUUCUAAAGAGCCAAGUGAGUGAUGAGCGUUGGAUAUGGGUAGGAUUAAAUAAAAGAAGUCCAGAUUUUCAAGGAUCUUGGCAAUGGAGUGACAGUACACCGGUAUCUACUGUGGUCAUAUCAAAUGAGUUUCAGGAAGAUUAUGACAUCAGAGAUUGUGCUGCUUUCAAAGUCAGCCAAAUGCAAUGGAGAAGACGUUGGCAUUUGUAUGAAAAUAGAGACUUGAUUAUUUACUUAAAACCUUUUGCUUGUGAUAUAAAACUUGAAUGGGCAUGCCAGAUACCCAAAGGACAUACACCAAAGACACCAGAGUGGUUCAACCCUGAUCGGGCUGGAAUUCAUGGGCCUCCAGUUGUUAUUGAAGGCAGUGAAUAUUGGUUUGUUCCUGAUACUCACUUAAACUUUGAUGAAGCAGUCCUAUAUUGCAAAAGUAAUCAAAGCUCUCUUGCUUCGUUGAAGUCUCUCACAGCACUAAAUGCCAUCCGAUACAAAAUGGUGAAUCUAUCUAAUGAUCAACAGAAGUGGUGGAUUAAAACUCUUGAUAACCUUGGAAGUUAUCAUGAUAUGAGAUUUCAUACAUGGCCUCGUUUUUCUAUGGUAUAUGAAAAAGAAUGCUGGUACAUCUCUUCCAAGAAUUGGUUUAAAGAUUUAUACAAACCAGCUGACUGCAGACUGAAGCUUCCCUUCAUAUGUGAAAAAAAUAAUGUAUCUUCAUUAGAGAAAUACACUCCACAAUCAGCAUCUAAAGUCUCGUGCUCUGGGGAAUGGAUUUCAUUUAAGGACAAGUGUUUCCUAAAGCUUAAACCAAAGCUUUUUACAUUUUUUAAAGCUAAAGAAGCUUGUCAUACCUAUGGUGGUAGCCUUCCUUCAAUUCUGAGCCAGAGUGAGCAAGAUUUUAUUACGUAUUUACUUCCUGAGUUGGGAGAUGAUGUUUGGAUUGGUUUGUUCAGAAGCACUACAACAAAGAUAAGCCAAUGGACUGAUAAUAACAAGCUGUUGUACAGUAACUUCCACCCAUUAUUGCAGGGAAGGGAGCAAAAGAUACCAUUGGAUUUUUUUGAUGACGAUGCAAACAACCAUUGUGCUGUGAUGCUCAACCUUCAGAAUUCAUCUUUAACCGGGACAUGGAAUUUAACUUCUUGUAAAGAAGAACAUAAUUUAUCUCUUUGUCAAAAAUAUUCAGAAAUUCAAGACAAUCAUACAUUGCCAAAUACCUCUGGAAUUAUAAAGUAUCAAGAUUAUUCAUACAAAAUAAUCCUGAAAGCAAUGACUUGGUAUGAGGCUCUGAAGGAGUGCCAAAAAGAGGGCAUGAAGUUAGUGAGCAUCACAAAUCCUUAUCAACAAGCUUUCCUUACUGUGCAGACUGUUCUCAAUAAUGUUUCAUUGUGGAUUGGACUCUCAAGCCAAGAUGAUGAACUCAACUAUGGUUGGUCAGAUGGAAAACAUUUCAGCUUUAGCCGCUGGUCUGAAAAUAGUGCACAACUUGAAGACUGUGUAAUUUUGGACACUGAUGGUUUCUGGAAAGCUGCUGGUUGCAAAGGCAUCCAAGCGGGUGCUAUCUGUUAUACCUCAGGAAAUGAAUCAGAAAAAGAGUUAAAGAAAGUUAACACUGUUAAAUGUCCAUCUCCUAUUCUCAAUACACCUUGGAUACCAUUUCAGAACAGUUGCUACAAUUUCAUGAUUGCCAAAAAUAGGUUCCUUGCACUAACAAAUGAUGAAAUACAACUUAAAUGUCAGACUCUAUAUCCAAAGGCACAUGUUCUGAGUAUUCGAAAUGAGAGAGAGAAUGACUUUGUUCGUGAACAGCUUUUGUACUUCAAUUAUAUGGCUUCGUGGGUAUUGUUGGGUGUAAUUUAUGAUGAUGGUUCUUUGAAGUGGUCUGACAAGACUGCCCUGUCCUAUACAAACUGGAAAACAGGAAGACAGACAAUAAAAACCAAGGAAUUUUUUGCUGGCUUAAAUACUGAGGGCUUUUGGGAUAUCUACUCUUAUGAUACUGUUGGAGAAGCUCUUUAUUUUCACCAACGCAGCAUUCUUGCUUGUAAAAUUGAAAUGGUUGACUACAAGGAAGAAUACAAUCGUACUCUGCCACAAUUAAUUCCAUAUGAAGAUUCCAUAUAUAAUGUUGUUCAAAAAAAGGUCACAUGGUAUGAAGCAUUGAAAGAAUGUUCCCAAAAUGAAGGCUCCUUAGCAAGUGUGCAUGACAAAAAUGGUCAGUUCUUUUUGGAGGAUCUUGCAAAACGUGAUGGAUUUCCAUUAUGGACUGGAUUGUCAAGUCAUGAUGGAAAUAAUUCAAUUUUUGAAUGGUCUGAUGGAAGCACAUUUGACUAUAGUCCAUGGAAGGAACAAAAUUCUACGGGAAAUUGUGUUGUCUUGCAUCCCAAUGGAAUUUGGAAGUAUGAAAAAUGCAGUUCUGUUAUGGAUGGUGCUAUUUGUUAUAUACCUAAAAAAGCUAAACAGCAACCUUCUCAAAAAUCCUCAUCACGGUGCCCAUCACACAAAGGGACCCCAUGGAUUCCAUUUGGAGAUUCCUGUUAUACCUUUGACAAGGCAUUAUACAAUUUCUCUGAGGCCAAACAACUGUGUCCAGAACUUGAUAGUGCAGCAACCAUUGUUACCAUAAAAAAUGAAGAUGAGAAUAUGUUUGUGAGCAGAAUGAUAAGAGAACAUAAUUAUGUCACGAUGAGAGUUUGGCUUGGAUUAUCUCAACACUCUAAUGAUGAGUCUUGGAGCUGGUUGGAUAAUUCAGUAGUAGAGUAUGUCAAAUGGGGAAAUGAAAGUAAGAACAUUGGAAAGUGUAGCAUUUUGCUGGCCUCAAGUGAAAUGUGGACUAAAGUUAAAUGUGACCAAGGUUAUGGAAGAGUUGUCUGCAAAGUUCCUAUGGAUUGUCCUUCUUCUACCUGGGUUCAAUUUCAAAGCAAUUGUUAUAUUUUUCUUGAAACAUCAAUCAAAAUAGGAAACAUUGAGGAUGUAAGAAAUCAGUGUACAGACUAUGCUUCAGGAGCUGAUAUGAUUAGCAUACAUAAUGAAGAAGAAAAUGCAUUUAUACUGGAGACUUUUAAAAAACGAUGGAAGAGCCAGGAUGAUAUUUUAUUAGGCAUGUUUUAUGACACAGAUGAUGAAAGUUUCAAAUGGUAUGACAAGUCUAACAUGACAUUUAACAAGUGGAAAAACUCAGAAGACAGUCCAAACCUAAUAGACACAUGUGCUUUUUUUCAAACCAAGUCUGGUAUAUGGAAAAAAGGAAAUUGUGAAGUUUCUUCUGUGGAAGGCGCCCUAUGUAAAGCAGCUGUUUCUUAUGAGAAGAAAUACUUGCCAGAUAACCACAUUUUAAUAACAGCAUUGGUGAUUGCCAGCACUACAAUUCUGACAAUUACAGGAGCAAUAGUUUGGUUCCUCUACAAAAGAAAUCUCACAUCUGGCCUUACAAAUACAUCAUAUACAACAGCACCUCAACUUUCUUAUAAUGAUGACUGUAUUUUAGUAGAUGCAGAAGAAAAUGAGUAUAUUGCCUAAUUUCAGUAAGAACUAAUAGUUUCAGAUGUAGAUUCAAAGCAAUGUUUUGAACAGUGAACCAAAUACAAGCUUCUAAGAUAAGAGGGAAAAAGGUUUGUUAAAUCACAAAAUCAUUUUUCUACUUAUGUAGCAACUAAAAAAUUAUCUCUACAGAAUGCUGAUCAUACUGGAAACAAUUCUUUGACUUGCAAAAAGAAUUUAUAGCUUCAAAGCAAAACUAGGUUAAAAUUGCAAGAAGUUUUAGAAAGCAUCUGAUACAGUACCCUAAUUUUUCAGAUAAGGAAAAUGAGAGUGAGGGAUGAAAUGAUUUGCCCAAACUCUCAAAGCCAGUUAUUCAUUUGAAAAGGGAGAUACUUAAGCUACAUGUAUACCUAAAUUGCAGUUUACAUAAACACUAAAUAUUAUAAUGGUAAUAAAAUGAAAUGUAUUAUUAAGAAACAUACUGGAAUUUUCAUAUCCACAUACAUAUUUUUCUUCAAAGUAGACUCAUCAUGAGAUUUAUUUAUAGAUAUGAAAUAUAUAGUUCCUAGACUAUUCACUAUAUACAUUCAUGGACUACACAUCACAGACAACUGUAAAAGGGCUCAAAUUUGAACCGAAGGCCUCUGACUCCAAAUUCUAAGUUCUUUCCACUAGAUCAUUUUACAAGUUGUGCAAGAAAAUCAAGUCUCAUUUACUUAAUUACCAAAGUAUGUUUUUCUACUCACAAUACGGAUUGAAAUAUGGAUGAAACCUUAGGGGUCAUUCAAUUCCUUGUUGCAGAUGCAGAAAUUCAUGCCAAGAGGUUAUAAAUUGUACUUCACAGUUAAGAAGCAGUCAAAAUUUGGAUGCAAUAGUUAUCUCUAAAUCUGGUAUUAUUUCUAAUAUAUCACUGUUCUGAAUAGCAUUCAGCCGUUUCCAAAAAUUUAUAUUGCAUACUAUACAUGGGGCUUAUGUUCCAAAAUUUUAAAGAGAUGGCAGCAUUAGAUAUCUUCUUUCAAGUGUUCAAGUUAUUUACAUAACUGUUGAGCAGGUGAAUGCUGGAAUUCUGUUUAUAUUUGAUUUGGGAAUGAAGAUAUCUGUAAGUCACCGUGCAAUUAAUAAGAGGUUUACUUUGCCCAAACACAGAAAGGAAACAGUAUAACUUAGCUACCCUGGGUAAACCCUUGUCUUUAUAUGGAAACAUGUCAGCAUGGAAAUAUGAAGACUUGCCAUCUACUUGGUUGGUCAGAGGGGCUCAAAUCUGCAUAAAGGGAGAGGGGGCAAUCAGGUCCUGGGGGACAGCUUGAUCUUUAAGGAAAAUUAAUUCUUACUAUGGGAAUUUGGUUGUAUCACCCAUACCUAAGUUCAGGUCUUCUCCAUUAUGAAAUACAUGAAUCCCAUUUAUCCAUACUAUUUUUUCAUCAACAUAUAUAAGCUGACAUUUACAAUUUAAGCUUCAUUUACUCCAUUAAAUUGCUGCCACCCAACAAAUACAGAGAAAGCACUCAACACUGGUCAGUGCUGACAGACAGUUCUGGCAAUUCCCUUACUGAUUGAAAGUUUGUACUGAGAAAAAAAGCCUAUGUAGUCUACUAAAGUGGAAAAGAGAAAGGAAAAAUUUUGUCUACUGACAUGGUUCAUUACCGUGGUGAUUUGUCCACUGUAGCUUCUUGGACCACAGCUUAUGACAUCAAGGAGAAAUAAGAAAAAAAGAAAAAACCUGGACCUGCAGUUUCACUAUUAAUAUUCAACCCAACCAGAACCUUGCAUUAAAAGAUUCUGAACCUGAAAUCAAUGAUCUUCAAAA